AUGGCGUCCGAGACCGACACCACCAGAUCCGGAUCCGCCCCCAAUGGCACCGCCCCGGAUCCGCCGGAGCCCCGCAAGGUCGCGCUCAUCACCGGCAUCACCGGCCAGGACGGCUCCUACCUCACCGAAUUCCUCCUCAACAAAGGCUACGACGUCCACGGCCUGAUCCGACGGUCCUCCAAUUUCAACACCCAGCGCAUCAACCACAUCUACAUCGACCCCCACAACGCCCACAAGGCCCGCAUGAAGCUCCACUACGCCGACCUCACGGAUGCUUCGUCGCUCCGCCGUUGGAUCGACACCAUCGCCCCCAACGAGGUCUACAACCUCGCCGCCCAAUCGCACGUCGCCGUUUCGUUCGAGAUCCCCGAUUACACUGCUGACGUCGUCGCCACCGGCGCCCUCCGCCUCCUCGAGGCCGUCCGCUCCCACAUCGCCGCCACCGGACGCACAGACAUUAAAUACUACCAGGCCGGGUCGUCGGAGAUGUUCGGGGCGACCCCACCUCCGCAAUCGGAGACGACACCGUUUCACCCCCGAUCCCCCUACGCUGUUUCGAAAUGCGCGGCGCAUUGGUACACGGUCAACUAUCGCGAGGCCUACGGGCUGUUCGCGUGUAAUGGGAUACUGUUCAACCACGAGUCGCCGAGGAGGGGGGAGAAUUUCGUGACCCGGAAGAUCACUCGGGCAGUGGGUCGGAUCAAGGUCGGGUUGCAGAGCAAGUUGUUCUUGGGGAACUUGCAGGCGUCGAGGGAUUGGGGUUUUGCCGGUGAUUACGUGGAGGCGAUGUGGAUGAUGCUGCAGCAGGAGAAGCCCGACGACUACGUGGUGGCGACGGAGGAGUCGCAUACGGUGGAGGAGUUCUUGGAGGCGUCGUUUGGGUAUGUGGGUUUGAAUUGGAGGGACCAUGUGCUGAUUGACAAGAGGUACUUGCGGCCAUCAGAGGUCGAUAAUCUGAAAGGGGAUGCUACAAAGGCUAAGAAGGAGCUUGGGUGGAAGCCCAAGGUUGGGUUUCAGCAGCUGGUGAAGAUGAUGGUGGAUGAAGACGUUGAAUUGGCCAAGAGGGAGAAGGUUCUCGUUGAUGCUGGGUACAUGGAUGCUCAGCAACAACCUUGA